AAUGGCGUAGUGUGUCCAGUAACGUCUGAAUGCGCGGACUAAAAGCAGUGUCGUCAAUUUCGCAAAUUGUUUCGACGAUCGGAAAGUAAUGUCGAACCGCGAUCCAGAUAAUUUGAUGGCUACUAACGACGACAAAUUCGACUACCUGUUCAAGAUUGUGCUUAUCGGUGAUUGCGGGACGGGGAAAACAUGUGUCGUUCAAAGGUUUCGAUCUGGUACAUUUAUCGAGAGACACGGAAGCACGAUCGGCGUGGACUUUUCCAUGAAAACAGUGCUGAUCGAUGACAAGAAAGUCAAAUUGCAAAUAUGGGAUACAGCUGGCCAAGAGAGAUUUCGUACAAUAACACAAAGUUACUACAGAUCUGCAAAUGGUGUUAUUGUAGUCUAUGAUAUUACAAAGAGAUCUACUUUCUUAAGUCUACAACAUUGGGUUGAAGAAGUUAGAAGGUAUACUUCGUCACAUGUGUUGUUAGUUUUAGUUGGUAAUAAAUGCGAUUUAGAAAAUUUACGAGAGGUUGAGAAAGAAGAGGCUGAAGCCCUUUGUCAGUAUCUUCCUGAAGUGUUAGAAGUAGUGGAAACAUCAGCCAAAGAAAAUACCAAUAUAGAUUCCGUAUUUUUUUACCUGGCAUCCGAGCUUAAAAGACGACACGAGAAUCGACAAAUAAGUGCUAAGGAAGAUGAUGUCGUUAGACUUGGCUCAGGACGAAAAUUGUCUUCCUGUUCCGGUUGCUCUUACAAAAUAUUUUAA